GUAGGAAUGUAGAUCGACAGGUAAAUUGAGAGCUUUGCCUUUUGGCUCAGCUCCCUCUUCACCACAACGGACCGAUGCAGAGUCCGCAUCACAGACGCCAAGGUACUUAAACUCCUCCACUUGGGGCAGGAUCUCAUUCUCGACCCGGAAAUGGCAGUCUUCCUUUUCCGAGGGAUAAUCAUGGAGUCGGACUUGGAGGUGCGGAUUCCCAUCCCAGCCGCUUCACACUCAGCUGCUAACCGAUCCAGUGAAAGUUGAAGGUCACGGCUCGAUGAAGCCAGCAGGACCACAUCAUCUGCAAAAAGCAGAGACCCAAUCCUGUAGCCACCAAACACCCUGGCUGCGCCUAGAAAUUCUGUCCAUAAAAGUGAUGAACAGAAUCGGUGACCAAGGGCAGCCCUGGCGGAGUCCAACCCUCACUGGAAACGGGUUCGACUUGUUGCCGGCAAUGCGAACCAAACUCCAGUCACCGGUCAUACAGGGAACGAACUGCCUGAAUUAGGUGGUCCGGUAUCCCAUAUUCCCCGAGUGCUCCCCACAGAAUUCCUCGAGGAACUCGGUCGAAUGCCUUCUCCAAGUCCACAAAACACAUGUAGAGUGUUUGAGCAAACUCCCAGACACCCGCAAGGACCCUGCCAAGAGUGUAGAGCUGGUCCACAGUUCCACGACCAGGACGAAAACCACACUGCUCCUCUUGAAUCCGAGAUUCAACUAUCCGGUGGAUCCUCUUCUCCAGAACCCCUGAAUAAACCUUACCAGGAAGGCUGAGAAGUGUGAUCCCACGAUAAUUGGAACACACCCUGCGGUCCCCCUUCUUAAAAAGGUGGACCACCACCCCGGUCUGCCAAUCCAGAGGCAUCGCCCCUGAUGUCCAUGUGACGCUACAGAGUCGUGUCAACGAAGACAUCCAGGCCUUAAGGAACUCCGGGUGGAUCUCAUCCACUCCCAGAUGGAUGAGGUCUUCGAAGUAUUCCUUCCACCGGUCCACAACAUCUCUAGUCGAGGUCAGCAGCACACCAUCUUACACGGUGUUGACCAUGCACUGCUUCCCCUUCCUGAGACAAUGGAUGGUGGUCCAGAAUCUCUUUGUGAUCGGUUGACAGCUCCCCCCCCCCUCUCUUCACCUGAGUGUCCCAAACAUUUGGCCGCAAGUCUGAUGACACAACCACAAAGUUGAUCAUGGAACUGCGGCCCAGGGAGUCCUGGUGCCAGGUGCACAUAUGAACACCCUUAUGCUUGAACAUGGUCUUUGUUGUAGACAAUCUGUGACGACCACAGAAGUCUAAUAACAAAACACAGCUUGGGUUCAGAUCAGGGAGGCCGUUCACCCCAAUCACACCUCUCCAGGUCUCAUUGUUACUGCCAACGUGAGCGUUGAAGUCCCUCAGCAGAACAAGGGAAUCUCUCGAUUGCUUUACAGUACUCCCUCUAAGGACUCCAAAAAUGGGUGGGUAUUCUGAACUGCUGUUUGGCGCAUAAGCACAAACAACAGUCAGGACCCGUCGCCCCAGCCGAAGGUGAAGGGAAACUACCCCCUUCACCUCCAACGUACAGGCCCAAGAAUUGCCUCUCACUGCUGGCAUCACCAGAGUGGAAUAAAGACCAACCCCUCUCAAGAGGACUGGUUACAGAGCCCUUGCUGUGCGUUAAAGUGAGUCCGCCUAUAUCUAGCCGAAACUUCUCCACCUCACGCACCAGGCUCAGGCUCCUUCCCCACCAGAGAGGUGACAUUCUACGUGCCAAGAGCUAGCUUCUGCAACCGAGGAUCUGACCACCAUGGUUCCACCUUCGGCCGCCACCCAGCUCACUCUGCACCCGUCCCCUUUUGCCCCUCCCACGAGUGGUGAGCUCAUGGGAGGGUGUACCCGUGCUGUGCCGGGCCGGACCCCAUGGGUCUGGCCCGGCCACCAGACGCUCGCCAUCGUGCCCCACCCCGGGGGGCUCCGGUGACCUGCAUCUGGGUGAGGGAAAUCUCGGUCCAAAGUUUUGUCUCUUCAUUGGGGUUUGCUGAGACAACUGUGUUUCAGUUAUUUUAAGUCUCAGAAGUCCCACAAUAAUGUUGUUGCUGUGUUGGUAACCGGUAAACUUUGCAACUACAAUACUAAAUCCUAACGAUUCGUUUUUUCACAUUCACAGUUUAAAAGUUUACAGGUCAUCAAAAUAGUUGAUAUCAUUCAGUAAUUCACAAUACAAAUCAAUAUGGCAAUAAAGAUAAUUACACAUAAUCCCUCAAUAUUUGUCUACCUAAACUGAGUAAUAUGUCAGUGAAAUUAGCUAUGUAGCGUUCAUUAUACUGUAUAUACACUUCAUGGAAAUUAAAAGGAUCAUGCAAAAGACAAUGCAGCCAAAGUCAAGGCAACAUAUUAAAAAGCUUUAAAAAGUGUGUGGCUGACGACAUCUGUUCUCCACUUUCUUUUGCUGCCGAAGCACAAGAGCGAAUCAGGAGGGGGCUUAAUGUCUACAAAGUGAUGGUUAUGAUGUAGGUGACACGGGACCCACCCUACCUUUGCGAUGACAACACAACUGAACACAAAAUGCAGUUUUUAAAUGAAACCUUUUAUUAUGAAGGGAGUAAAAAAAUCCAAAUAUAAAUGGCCGUGUGUGGGGAAAAAGUGAUUGCCCCCUAAACCUAAUAACUGGUUGGGCCACCCUCAGCAGCAACAACUGCAAUCAAGCGUUUGUGAUAACUUGCAAUGAAUCUCUUACAGCGCUGUGGAGGAAUUUUGGCUCACUCAUCUUUGCAGAAUUGUUGUAAUUCAGCUGCAUUGGACGGUUGUCCGGAAUGAAGCGCCUUUUUAAGGUCAUGCCACAGCAUAUCAAUAGCAUUCAGGUGAGGACUUUGACUAGGCCACUCCAAAGUCUUCAUUUUGUUUUUCUUCAGCCAUUCAGAGGUGGACUUACUGGUGUGUUUUGGUUCAUUGCCCUGCUGCAGGACCCAAGUUGGUUUCAGCUUGUGGUCAUGAACAGAUGGACGGACAUUCCCCUUCAGGAUUGUUUGCUACACAGCAGAAUUCAUGGUUCCAUUUAUCGCAGCAAGUCUUCCAGGUCCUGAAGCAGCAAAACAACCCCAGACCAUCACAAUUCCACCACCAUAUUUUACUGUUGAACUGCCUCCACAGAGCAGCCAGGGAGCCCAAUAUGAUAAUCCCCUCUGGGGACACCUGCCAGCCGACAGAAGUGCCACAAGUGCUGCAACGUCCUCUAAUACAAGUUGCGGUGAUCAACUGAUCGUUGUCCAGGAGGACACGGAGGCUUGGCCUUCUAUUACUCUCAGCCAGACGGCCCCUCGAGAAGGAUGCGCUUUGGAGACUGACCCUGGUCAUCUGACCAGCAGCAGUAGCACUUGUAGUACUAGUAGUAACGGUAGUAGUGGUAGUAGUAGUAGUAGUAGUAGUUGUAGUAGUAAUAAUAGUGGUUGGUGUUGUACUACGAGUAUGGCCACUGGGGCCAAUAGCCAGACUGGCCACUUUCCUAUCAACCACCUAAGCAGUAAGUCCAACACUGGACUCAGCCCUGCCAAUCAUACUGGAACCAACAUGCACUCAAGCCAGGUUGCAGCCAAUCGAAGCUGGGGUUCUGGGUCUGGACCUUCCAACUGCCCCUCUCAGUCCUUAGUAGGCAGUGAAGGAAAAAAUGACAGUCCAGCAGGAGGAGGCAGCAGCAGAGGCUGGGCCUCUUCAUCAUCCUCCAACACAAAUUGUAACUUGAACUUGAACCCCAAUGCUAACCCAUCUGCCUGGCCUGUGUUGGGCCAUGAUGGUAGUGGCGCGGGGGCAGGCAGCUCAGGGGGAGCCAAUAUCAUUUCACCUCCUCAACUGACACCCAACUUCUGUAAUCCCACUGGCCCUAUACCAUCCCAGACCAGCACCUAUACUGGAGCCAACACUAACAGUAACUCCUCGGGUAUUGGCAGUGCCUGGGGAGGCAUAAUGACCUCUGAUGCAUCAGAGCCACACCCCUCCCCAUCCACAAAUGUGUCUUUCAGUUCAGAACCUCAAAACCUUAAAACUGAUGGACCAAAUCACGUGAAUAAGCAGGAACAGCCUAGCCCCAUCCGCCACAUGCCUAGUUGGGGCAAUGCAUCUGCAGGCCUGAGUUCAGUGGGUCAACAGCCAUCAGGGGGCAAGCAAAUCAACGGAGAAGAUAAUACAUCUGCUUGGGGUAUGGGUAGUGAAACAAAGGCACCUUCAUCUAAGGAGUUCUCUGGCUGGGGCCAUGGAGCAGGUGGCUCAGGAAAUCCUGGUGGCUGGAGUGAACAGUCCAGUGGAGACUGGGGCAAGAAGCACACUGAGGAGGCCCAGGGAGGUUGGGAUGGCCCCAGCUCUCCUCCCCAUGACACACAACCUAGUUCUUGGAGUAGAGCUGUGAGCACAACUGGUGCCAGUGAAGGAAGCAGUGACAGCAUGGAAGGACAUUCGAGGUCCAAACACCAUUCAUCAAGAGAUACUCCCGCUCCUCCUUUGCCUGCCCAGGAUCUAGACCCCAGGGUGUUGUGUAAUACUGGCUGGGGACAGACCCCUGUACGUCAGCACACAUCUUGGGACAUGGACAAUACUAAAACCAAUAAUGACAUUGCCGCUGAAUCCUGGGACUCUCCAACUGUUCCAAGCGAUGCCCAGGGGCCCUCCAGUACUAACAUGGGUCCACCUCGAACUGACUCUGGAAGCAAAAAUGAGGUGCCUGCUUCUCAGGGAGCCUCCGGUUGGGCAGGAAAUGUUGCUCCUACCAAUCAACCCAGCUCUGGUUGGGGAGAUCCAUCCAACAACAUUAAGCCCCCAAGUGGUGCUGGUGGCUGGGGGAAUCCACCAAAAGCAGGGCCCACCUCCAGUAUGCCCAAGAAUAGUGGUCAGUCUUGGGGAGAAGAGAAGUCAACAGGGUGGGAUGAUUCUCACAGCAAGCCAACAUGCCAGAGCUGGGGAGAGCAACCCAAAGCAUCCCACAGCAGCUGGGGCAAUAGCGGUGGGAGCAAUUCUGCAAAUGACUGGGGAGAACCAGAAGAGAGCAAAAAGAAUCCACCCAACUCUACCUGGGAAGGAGAAACAGGUGGCUGGAAAGAAACUGCUCGAGGCUGGGGGAUGCCUCCUUCAGGGCCGCCAGGGAUGUCCGGGGCUGGAGGAAACGGGGGCUGGGGAGAGCCUGUUAGUCAGCGUUCCAGUGGCCCUCCCCAAGGUUGGGUAGGCAAAUCUCAGGAUGGGCCCAGUGGUAACACCGGAGGGGUCAUGGGCUCUUGGGGUGGCUCCAGCUCUGUCAAGCAGGGCGGGGGAUGGAGCGGAGGUAAACAGGAGUCCUCAGCUGAACCUACAGGGUGGGAAGAACCCUCUCCGCCCUCAAUUCGACGCAAGAUGGAGAUCGAUGACGGGACCUCCGCUUGGGGUGAUCCUAGUACCUACAACAAAUCCGUCAACCUGUGGGACAGGAACAAUCCCGGAAUGUCCCAAGCGAAAGCUCCUACUGGAGGCAGUAACCCAACGGGUCCCAACAGUAGCCAUCCCCAUAAUACACACAAUCACGGUUAUCAAGGACCACCUGCAGCUUUACAGAAUCAUACCCAAAAUUCCCAAAACCCAGGUCCCACCAGUGGGCCCAUGGAUCCUGUUGUGCAGCACCAGUCGGGAUCAUCCCACAACCGGGGUACCCUGAUAGCGCAAGGUUGGGGAGAACUACCGAGCUCACACGUGAAAUCCGAAAGCUCAUGGGGAGAAAAUACACCUUCACCAGUCAGCGUGGACAACGGGACAUCUGCCUGGGGGAAACCAACUGGGGCCUCCACAGGCUGGGGUGAUGGCAACCCAGACAACUAUAGCAGAGGGAACCCAGCAAUGACAUCUACAUCGUGCAAACCUGCCCCCAAACCUAUGCAAGACGGAUGGGGAGGCGGAGGUGAGGAGUUGAUGCUUUCUGGAGGUCAGUGGGAUGCCGAGGAGGGGGACAUGUGGAAUAGCACAGCCUCUCCAGAGAGCAAUUCCUCCACAAACUCAUGGGGGAACACAUCCAAAAAGGUCCCACAAAAGGUGAAGGUGCCAGGGAAGCCGGAAGAUGCCUGGAUUAUGAAUCGUCUCAUUAAGCAGCUGACAGACAUGGGCUUCCCGAGGGAUCCGGCAGAGGAGGCUUUGAAGAGCAACAACAUGAACCUGGACCAGGCCAUGAGUGCCCUGCUGGAGAAGAAGACUGAACUGGACAAGCGAGGGAUGGGACUCGCCGGCCACGACUACAACAACGGACUCAUACACAAACCCAUGAGCUGCCCUCGGCCUCCACUUCUCUCCAAAGAACCCUCAGCGGACCCCCGUUCACCCUUCAUGGAUAAACAGAUGCAGAGUGGAAUGUUUGGUGGUGGUGGAGCAGCACAAGCCCGGGCCAUGCCUCAGCCGCCUCCUCAGCCACCAGUGCCGCCUCUCAGCUCCUCUCAGCCUAGUCUACGUGCUCAAGUGCCUCAGUUUCUCUCCCCUCAGGUUCAAGCACAGCUCUUACAGUUUGCAGCAAAAAACAUUGGUCUGAAUCCUGCACUUUUAACCUCACCAAUAAACCCUCAACAUAUGACCCUUCUGAAUCAACUCUACCAGCUGCAACUGGCUUACCAGCGUUUACAAAUUCAGCAGCAGAUGUUACAGGCGCAGCGCAACGUUUCUGGACCCAUUCGACAGCAAGAGCAGCAAGUUGCACGUACAAUCAAUAACAUGCAGCAGCAGAUCCAACAGCACCAGCGUCAGCUGGCCCAGGCUCUGCUUAUGAAGCAGCAGCAACAGCAGCCUCCCCAUUCCCACUCGGGCCUACAUCCUGGCGGGACCAAAUCCAGCCUGGAUUCCUUUCCAGGGCACCCCCAGGCUCCAGGCCUCCCUGACCUGCAGACCAAAGAGCCGCAGUCAUCUCCCAACUCCUACAGCCCCUAUUCUCUCUCUGGAUUGAAUACAAACAUGAAUGUAAACUGCAUGGAGGUGGGUCUGUCUAUGAAGGACCCACCCCAGCCCCAAUCGCGCCUGUCGCAGUGGACACACCCCAACCCCAUGGAAAGCCUUUCUGGGAGCUCCUCUCCCUUGGAGCCCAACCUGAGCAAGCACUCUACCAACCUGGGUCCGCCUGGUAAGCCUCCUCAGUUGGAUGACUCUUACAGCCCCUAUGGUCUGAUGUCCAGUUCUGAGUCUCCUUCCAGCCCCCUCGUGCCCCCAGACAGUUGGGGGCAGGGGAAGGGCAGCAGUGACAAGAUGGCCAAUGGGACCAACAUCAACUGGCCACCAGAGUUCUGCCCCGGUGUACCCUGGAAGGGUCUCCAGAAUAUCGACCCAGAGACCGACCCUAACAUGACACCGGGUAGCGUCCCAAGUGGGCCCACAAUCAACACAAACAUCCAAGAUGUUAACCGAUACCUGCUGCGAGACAGGAGUGCAGGCUCUUCUCCCACUUCAUCUCAGAAUGAGGCUCUGCCUCCCUCCUCUGAUUGGUCAGUCAGUGCCUACACUAGCUCAUUCAGUCUGUCGUCCCCGGAGACAGAUGAUACAGGUAAACUGUCAGAGAUGAAGUCCACUUGGUCUCCAGGUCCCAUUUCCCACAGCCAGGCCUCUCUGUCCCAUGACAUGUGGAAGGUUCCACAGGGACCCCGAAGCAGCACCACAGCCCCCUCCCGCCCUCCACCUGGUCUCACCAACACCAAGCCAUCCUCUACAUGGGGAGGGAACUCUCUGGGCUUGUCCCAAGGAUGGAGCAGCUCUUACACUACAGCAGGCACCACCUGGAGUACAGACAGCUCCACCAGGACCAGUAGCUGGUUGGUCCUGAGGAACCUCACUCCACAGAUUGACGGAUCAACUCUGCGCACACUGUGCAUGCAGCACGGCCCUCUCAUCACAUUCCACCUCAACCUGACACAGGGCAAUGCUGUGGUGCGCUACAGCUCCAAGGACGAAGCUGCCAAGGCUCAGAAGUCCCUGCACAUGUGUGUGCUCGGGAACACUACCAUUCUAGCAGAGUUCGCCGGAGAAGAGGAAGUGAAUCGCUUCUUUGCACAGGGCCAGUCGCUCGGCGGGACGACCAGCUGGCAGGCCACUCCGGGAACCAAUCAGACAAGGAUGGGCGGGUCUGGCUCCGGAGCCUCUCACCCCAUCGGCCACGCCCCCCACUGGAACAACAACAACAAUGGCACCGGAGGUACCAGCGGCACCAAGGGCGGCGGAGAGCUGCUGUGGGGUGGUGUGCAGCAAUAUUCCAGCCUGUGGGGUCCCCCAAGUGGAGAGGAAGGUCGGGUAAUGGGGAGCCCCAGCCCGAUCAACACGCUGCUACCUGGAGACCUGCUGAGCGGGGAGUCUAUGUAAGGACAAUGGAGCAAAAAACAACUUUCAAAUCAAUAUGGAGAUAAUCAGCAAUGGAGUACCCGUGAAGGUGAAGGGAGAUACAAGAGGAGUCCUCAUUGCUCGUCGCCUUCCUCUACUCCUUUUUCUUUAGUUUGUUUUUGGAGGAAAGUCGCAGUGUUGAGCUUUUACACUUGGAGACACACGAAGAUGUCUUUUCAUUCAAACUUUUUACACAGGUGAACUCUCCGAAUGAAAUGAGCUGCCAUCUUUAACUCUCUCUGCCUUUUUGGAGGCAAUCAUACUGCACCUCAGAGACCUGCGAGAGGGCAUCAUUCCCAAAGUUGAAAAAAAAAAAAACUGUCAAUCAGAGCGCUGGUUGUUAUUCCUCGGCUGUUCCAGACUCUCAGCACUAAUAUUGGCCUUAACCUUGUUCCCCCCGUUGCCCUGCUUCCCUCACUCACUCUGUAAGCGGGUGGAGAAGCAUAUGGACACUUGCACACCCUCAUCUCUGAGCCAGUGAAAUUCGACGUGGGGAGUUCAUGCUGCUGCGGCCUAACAGAAAGCAACCACAGCUCCCAUCUACAAACAGUGCUUUUAUUUUAUUUGUAUUUUUUUGCAAAGCAGAUCCCCUCACAAAACACUCUCAAAGGGAAUGAUGCAACUAUGUUCGCCUUGUUCAAGCCAUUUAUUUUUGUAGUGUAUUUUUUUCUUGCUGUUCUUGAAGCAUUGCAAACAAAUUUAAGAAACGCUAUUAUUCUAAUGUGUUAGGGGCUGGGCUUUGGGGGGCGGGGCGGAUUACAGUACAACAUGAACCACUGCUAUUACUGUGGAGCUGUAACGACACCAACAAAUGGAUGCACCUCAACUCGUCUCGCAGUUUGGUCUGGGACCUUCUCACUGCUGUUCAAAACCUCAAGACAGGAAAAUCAGCACCCCCUAAUCCCACCCACACCCCCACCCUUUUGUCACAACAACUACAAAAAAAAAAAAAAUAUUUCAAGUGACGUGCAAUAUAAGCCACAACAGACUGUAACCGUCCAUGCUCCCUACUGAUGACCAUAAGAGAACCACAUUGAACUUCUAUGUGACCUACGUAUGUGCAGCGCCACCCCCAGACUUACUGCCACUAAUACAUCCCCCUCCAAAUGUGCGUGCGUGAGCUCAGGAGAGUAGCAAGCUGGUCAUUCACUUAAAGCACUUCUCAGCAGGCGACGUGUGUGUGUGUGUGUGUGUGCGCGUGUGCGUGCGUGUGUGUGUGAGAGAAUAUGGAUAGAAGGCAUCGAACCAAAAUGAUGAAAGAAGCCUGUCUUUACUUUUUUUUUUCUUUUGACUGAAAUGCGUGUAGAGAUGUGAAAGGCUGCUCUAUCAUAGCACUUAACAGGAGCCACCUACCCCUCACUGUGCCCCCGUGCUGCCGCCCAGGCUCGACCCGCACCCUUCAAUGGCGGCUCAAGCAGAAGCAACACUGGCAAAUAGAAAGUGACUGACUGCUAUGUGGCUUCAAACUUAUGGAUGUGAAGAUUUUUCUUCUUUUUUUUGUUUUGUUUUUGUUUCCCAUCCUGCUCCACUCUCCCAGAAUGAAUAUGGUAGCAAAGAUGAUGAUCCGAUUGGGGGUGUGGAGGGGGGGAGGUGUUCUUUUUUUUUUUUUUUUUUUAAACGAAGCCUUGUUUCCUGGAGAGGUGUGCCACCCCCACUAGCCAGUCGGCAUCAUGGCGUGGCCACUGAGUGCCUGCCUGCUGCAGGGUGCAGUGCUCUGCAAGCAGACCUCACCCCUGACCUCACCACCACCACCACCACCACCACCACCACCAUCACCACCACCACUUCCCACAUGACUUCCCUCCUCUUCCUCCAGCUCUUUUGUGUUUUGUGUACUACUACUAAUACUACUACUACUGCUACUGCUGCUGCUGCCCUCAGCAACCUCCACUUCCACUCUUGACAUGGAGGCAUUUUUAAAAGUUUUAUUUUUUGCCUAUGUGCUUUUUGUUGAUGUUCAUUGACGACACCUAUGUCAUGGCUUUAUGCAGUGUUCAGCCCCCCUCCCACCUGCUCGCGACACUUCCUCAAAAGCUCCGCUGCCCAUCAACGUACCCACUUCCUCUCUCCGUCCAGGACACUCCACACUGGUGCUUUUGUUUCACCUCUGGGAGCACUCAGUUCCACUCGGAGCCACCUCCACUGAGAAGCAGCCUUCCAUUUCUAUGCAAAAGAACAAGGAGGUGUGAACACGCCGCCAUUGCCACCCCUGAUCCUCCUCUCUGCCAAACAUCACCGCCCUCUCUCGCCACAUUUACGACCAAGGCAGCUUCCCUUCAAAACAUCAUCUCCCACCGAGCUUGUAGGCGACACCAACUGCAGGCACUCAUGCUUGAGGAACUUCUUCUUGUGCCAACUGACAUCCAAAUAUCAAUUUUUAUCAAAUGAGGUGGAGGAGGCCAUGACAAACUAGUGGCCAUGCUGCUUUUCACCAACAGGAGUUGGAGGCGGCGGUUAUUUGUGGAUUGGGGGUGAGGGGGUUUGGUCCUUGUAUGUGUCUGUGCACUGUUUAUGGGUCACAUUGGGUACAUCUCUUUUUAAAUAACCAAAAAAAAACAACAGGAUCUUGAUCAUAUUUCUUUUGUGUUAGAGCACUCCAAAUCUGAGGUUCUGUUUUUCUGUUGAGGCCUCCAACCUAAAGGUGGCGCUAGCUGCCAGUCACAAACAGGAACACAUCUCAAGUUCGGUACCAAGUCUUAAAAGUGUUUUGUUUUGUUUUUAUGCGUGUUCUCUGUUCCAGAGUCACUCUUUCAAGACUUGUCAUUGAACAGAACAAUCAUUAAUGCCUGUGUUCUUUAUUAUUUUAUUUUGUGUGUAUGGAUUUGUUUUCUGUGCAUUUACUCCACACUGGACUUGAAUCACGGAACUGGGCUAGCUCGCACUGGAGGGACGGGGUGGCCGGGACUCAGAGGGGCAUGUUUACACGACAACAGGAGUUUUUGUUUGUCUUAAUAGUUUCUCAUACAGGCAAUAAUGUUUUUAAAGCUAUCAUCAACACAGAGCAACUAAACACCGGAAGACACUGCAGUUAGGAUCCUUCCGGUCGUGUCCAAAAAUGUAUGUUUAAUAUUCUAAAUGUGUUUAUCUAUGUUGAGAAUGGUAACACUAAAUGUAUAUGUAACUGUGUUAAAAAGCUGUUUGUCUUCAGUGGAACAAACUAAAUAAGGUACGCGCAUAUCUUCCAUGUUAGAUAUACAGGCGUCCCUUGGCGGUUCGAACAUUGCGUCCCCAUUCUAUCUCGGUUUUUCAAAAGCGAAUUAAUAAAUGGCCACUGUUUCUUGGUUGACUACGGCCUAAUAUUCAACAAAAAUAAGCAUAUUAAGCAAUUUUUACAUAUCUUUGGUCAAAAUUAAGCAUUUCAAGCAUAAAAACGACUACAUGAACUAACUAAAAUACAAAUCCAGUUGAAGGGAUUCAAGGAUGUUGAUGUCUAUACUGGCCAUUAGGUGUCAUGUAACUCGCACCAGACUUUAGCGCUGUCAACAUCCAUUAUUGCGGAUUUCAAUUAUCUCACAAUAGGCACAAUAAUCAUCACAAUAACACUGGUUACUCCAGCUAAAACUCAACUCUGAAUCCCCGACAUCGCUUCCUGUCCACACGUCUGGUAGACAUUUAUUGAAACGCACGAGCACGAGGCUUAGUUAUGUGUUAUUUGGCUUAUUUUCUCUGAUUAGAUCAACUAUAUUGGGUAAUCUGAGUGUAAAGGUGACUGUAGGGGUGUUAUUGUGUGUCUAGAGGGCUCUAAUAAUAUAAAAAACUGUACGUAGAAGGUCGUCAACUGUUGUUCUAUGCUCUACGAAAACAUUUGGUUUAGAAAUAAUGGCACCUACUUCACAGAAAUUCAUUAAUUUAUUGUGGUCGGAUCUGGAACCGAUUAAGCGCAAUAAACGAGGGGUUACGGUAAACCUCAUGUCGCCGUCUUCAAAAACCUCCAAUUUUAUACCCAUUUUUAAGCGACUGCAGUUUUCCACUCACAGAUACAGUUGUGAAAUGAGUGUAAACAGCCUCUCCUGUUCUAUUCUCAGCAACGACGCUUGAGCCCUGCCCCCUUUUCCUUCCACCUUGUGUAGGAGGUCAAAUGUGUGCCGCCCCUUUAUUUUUUUUUUUCUCCAUAACAAAAAGUUGCAAAAAGGCAAGAGAAGCCAACUUUUGCAUCACAAUCGUGGAUCACACACAAAAGAGUUGCAUUAGCCGGGGGUUGAAUAUGCACAUGCUAGUUUCUCCGCAUCAUAGGUGCGAGUGUGUGUGCGCGCGUGUGUGUUUAUAUGUACUGUAUGUGUGUGUUCCAUGCCUAUUCCCCCCGCCCCCUCCUCAUAUGCACCCUCCCUCUAACAUUGACAAAAUCAUAAACAUAUCAGACUAAUAGAAAAAAUAAUGAAAAGAAAUACUUGAAUCAAAAAGCGCCAACAAUGUAAUGUGAACACUUUUAUGUAGUUAUUAUUAUUUUGUCUCCUUCAUUUACUUUAUUUCCAAUUCAAAGAAAUUGGGCGACUUUAAAAGGCAAAAUGAACACCAGAGUGUUUGCACAAGGCUGCUUGUACUGUACAUGUGUAUAUGUGUGUGUGUGUGUGUGUGUGUGUGAGUGAGAAUGUUUCCAAUAAUGUGCGCAGACAAGUGUCGGCCAUUUUUGUUUGUUUUCUUCUUCUUUUUUUUUUUCAACUCAGUAUUGUUGUGACUAGCCUCUAUAGCGUUGCACUGAGUGUCCUCAUCCAGCUAAACCCAACGACAUGACACAAGUACCGAGGGGGCAGACGGUGUACAUGUUUACUCAAGGACUUAAAAAAAAAAAAAAAAAAUUCAAAUAAAUAAGUGUGUGUUUUGUUUUUAAAUGUAAUGUUUAUCAACCUUUAGUGGCUUUCAUUGUGGACAAUAAUCCAAGGAAAGUAUGGAUCAUAUUUGAGUAUUGCACCAUUUUGCAGGCUAUAAACCUAAAAGAAAAAAAAGGCAAAAAAAAAAAACAUAUGUAUAAAAAAAGGAGUAUUUGACAGACUUGUGGCCAUAGUUUUUUGAGGGGUUAGAAGGACUUCUGCUGUCUGAGGGCAAAGGUCAAGACAGAGCCUCGGCUCACCUCAGAGGUGCCUACUUUUUUUUUCCUAUCUCUCUCUCCUCUCUUCUUUCAUUCAUUUCAUUGUACCCACCUGGCCACUGACAGUUUACAAAACACUUUUGUUUCAUUCUGGAGUUCCAAAAGAAUUAAAACAAUGAAUGGGAAUGUUGUUGGGGUUUAAAGAAAAAAAAAAGGGGGGGGGGGGGGACAAAAUGCUUCCAUUUUUCAAAGUGCAACACUUCACAGAAUGAAGAUUUCUUGUGCUACUUUAAGAACUCUGGGAUCCAACAGCGUUGUCUUGUUCUGUGUUUAUGUUGGACUAUCUGAAGCCUGUAUGUUUUAUGUUGAUUCUAUAUAUUUUUACUUUAUACAAAAAAAAAGAAGAAAAAAAACAGGACAAAAAAAAAGACAAUUGCUCACUAUCUUGCACACACAUGAAAACGUGGAUCUCGUCUCAGGAAGGCCAGGGUUCCAGAGUACCAACUCCACAUCAUUUUAAUGUACAUUUUUAUUAUUGAGAAUAAUCUAAGCACUGAAAGUUAUGGAUUUGAGAAGGAGGAGCAAAUACCUGUCAUUUUUUUAAAUCCGUAGCAGUUACGUAAUAACCAAAUAAUGGACUUUAAAUGACUAUGGAGUGCUUUAUAUAUAUACAAAUCUAUAUAUUAAAAUUGCUUUACAUUUCAAAAUGAAAAUAUGGAUUUUGAUUGUUUGAACAAAAAAAAAAAAAAAACGAGAGACCGAAUAAUGAAUAAGUUGAUGCAAAAUGCUGUUUUGUUUUGACCCUUGUGUUUUUUCUUACUGAGGUCCCAUCCUGACUGAAUCAGGAGAGUCGUGCAUUAUUCUCUUACCUUCUUUCUCUCUUGUCGUUCAUGAAAAAGAUGAUUUUUGUUGUUUGUGUUGAGGAUGUUUGUAAAACAAGGUUGUAAAGGAACAUGAAACUAUGCACAAGUGUUGGAGGAGCAGAAGAAGGCGAUUUCAUGGCCUACACUGACUGUGGGUGAUUUAUUGCAGGGGUUUUAUGGGAUAGGGAGGGGAUCCAAUAUGGUUUUAUUUUUUAUUUGUCCUGAUUCCGAUCGCGUUACAUCGCCAUGCUGUGUAUUCCUAAAAACCAAUGAGCGUCUCACUCUUUAGCACUGUGGGAUUCCAGCCUGUCACCCUCAAGGUUUUUAAGGGUUUUUGUUUGUUUGUUUGGGAAGGGAGGGGGGUUAUCAGCGGGUGUUUUGGAAUUAGGGCUGCUUUUUUUGCCUUUACUUUAUGGUUUGGAAUAUUACAAAAAAAUGUCUGUACUGAGAUUUGAUGAAAGUCAGUGGCUUGUAAUGGUUUAUUUUUUUCUCUCUCUCUGUAUAUCUUUCUCCUCAUAGAAUGUGAUUGUUCAAAAUGACAUGCACCGAAACAACAAAUGUUGUCAUGAACUAUGGAGCUUCUUUCAGAUAUUAAUAAAAUAGCAAUUUUUUUCUCGGCUGUUUAAAA